CAGCUUCAGUUGUUUCAAGUAUAUGAGCCUGUACUCCGCGAUUCAAUUCACAUCGGUUAGCUUCCUUUACGCAACUGCAUCCAAUCUAGGAGACUUUCAGUUUCUAUUCAUCGACCUCCUCUUAAUUCUCCCCACCGCCAUCUUUAUGGGGUGGGCUGGACCGUACCCCGUUCUAUACAAGAAACGUCCUACGGCAAACCUGGUUUCGCGGAAGGUCUUGAUACCUCUGUUAGGCCAAAUGAUCAUCUGCAUCGCCAUUCAAGCGACAGUAUACAUCGCCGUUCGAGAGCAACCAUGGUACAUCCCUCCGAAGGUCAGGCAUGAUAAGUCAAACAUCAAGAAUUCAGAGAACACUGUACUGUUUCUGGUGUCAUGCUUUGAGUAUAUCCUUGCUGGCGUCGUCCUCAACGCGGGACCACCCUUCCGGCAGAAGGCAUCGAAGAACUGGCCUUUCUUGGUUACGAUAGCCACAACGUUGCUUCUCACGUUGUACAUGAUCAUGAGCCCAGCCCAUUGGGUGGCACACCUGAUGCAAUUGACAUCAACGAGCGGAGACUUUCAAUUUUUUCUCACUGGCUUGGGUGCGUCUUAUUUGGUGUGCGCCUGGGUAGCGGAGAAGUUCGUGUUCCAACAGCUAGCACGGGCCAUUGGGCGCCUCAAACAGAGGCUCACACGGCAGCCUAAGAAGCGCAAAUUGUACAAGACAAUACUGGAGGAGAUGCGCAUAGAUAGCCUCUCCACUGUGUAGACGCGGCCGCAG